CCGUUAGCGGGGGUCAAAUGGCAACACUGAAGACGGAUCUGCGAGGAAAAGAUGGAGCAGAUUAUCCUGCUGUGUGCGCUCUCAGCGUGUCUCUCAGCUGUGAAUGCUCAGAAAUUUCUACUCAGUCCCAAAUGGGUUCCUGUUGGUAUCAGAGAGCCGGAAGGGAAGAAAGAAGGAACUGCGAUGGAUAAAAUAAUCAAAGCGAACGAGAUUUAUGCUUCCCGCAUCAUAGACGGCUCCAGCACCCUCAGGGAGGGAGACAUCGCUGUGUCCACUGGAAGGCGCUCCAAGAUCUGCUUCGCCCGGACCUGCCUCUGGUCCAAGUCUGUGGACGGACACGUCUACGUUCCCUACAUGCUCUCGCCUGAAUACUCUGUCAUCGAGACGAAGCUGAUAAAGGAGGGAAUGGACAACAUAGAGGACAGCACCUGCAUCCGCUUUGUUCCUCGCACUCACCAGAGAGACUACAUCGACAUCCAGCCAAAGUCAGGGUGUUGGUCCUACCUUGGCUCUCGUGGCGGCAGACAGACCCUGUCUCUCCAGAAUCCGGAUUGUAUGCAGAUCGGAGUGAUUUCCCAUGAAUUUAUGCAUGCCCUAGGCUUUGUGCAUGAGCAGUCCCGCUUUGAUCGGGACAACUACGUCACCAUUAUGUGGCCAAACAUUUGGAGAGAUCGGCUGAGAAACUUUGAGAAGUUUAAGACCGACAGUCUGGACCUGCCAUAUGACUUCGGCUCAAUUAUGCACUUUGGGAUGUAUGCCUAUUCAAUGUCCGGAGAGCCAACCAUCGUGCCAAAGAACGGCAGGAUCGUCAAGCUCGGCCAUUCGUCGUCCCUCAGUCACACCGACAAGCUGAAAAUCAACAGACUUUAUCAGUGCGCCGUGAACGACGACUAGUACCCGAACCGAGCCGAGGUGAAGCAGGAGUCCUCUGGAGGCAAAUCGGAAUGAUUCGCCGCCGAGAUUCCUGCGGAGAUAUCGGGAUUAAAAUCGCAUAAUAAAGCUUUGUUUGAGACCUUACUUUAUCUAGCUGAACUUUGUGUUUGUUUAAGUGAGACAGAUUUUAUGUUCAACAGGUUGUGAGACAGGAACGGGCGUAAACCUUUGCUGUUGUACAGUGAAAGAUGAGUUGAACGUUGCUGUCUUGUUUUAAGUAGUCACUUAAAUGUCCCCUCUCAUUUACCGCAAUAAAAUACAUGUUCAUGAAUAAAAAAAA